GAGCAUGCGCAAGUGAUAUAGCGCGCAUGCUCGAGAGUACGGGCAGGUUUGCUGAUGGCGAGGACUAGGUUCUCCCGCUCCCGCCGCUGCUGCUGGAGCAACCUCUGAACAUCUCUGUUCACGCUCCCGAGUUAUUAAUAAAGUUAUCGUUAAACAUUUUUUUAAAAAGUGAGACAGCCUGUCUAGACUAGUGUGUUGGGAGGCGCUGGCGGUGGCGACGACGGCAGCGGCGGUGGUUGCGCCGCGACCGCAACUGAGAGGAGCUAGUUCCGCUGGGGCGGGCUUGGAGCAGUUGUAUUUCAGUUCAAUUCAACAGACAUUAUUAAGCACCAACUAUUUGCAAGGCACUGUGGUAGGUGCUGAGGAGAUAAAGACAAAGGAUGAAACAGUCCCUGCCCUCAAGGAGCCUUCAUUGUACUGAGGGUACACAACAUAUACACAAAUUUGAGAGAAAAAAUCUAAAUAUCUGAAAUUAGUGUUGAUUCAAAAAUUUAUCUUCAAUUCAAAAUGUUGGAAGAGGAUGUGGAAGUGGCCAUCAAGGUGGUGGUUGUUGGUAAUGGAGCUGUUGGGAAAUCAAGUAUGAUUCAACGAUAUUGCAAAGGCAUUUUUACAAAAGACUACAAGAAAACAAUUGGAGUUGAUUUUUUGGAAAGACAGAUCCAAGUUAAUGACGAAGAUGUCAGGCUAAUGUUAUGGGAUACAGCGGGUCAAGAAGAGUUUGAUGCAAUAACAAAGGCUUACUACCGAGGAGCCCAAGCUUGUGUACUUGUGUUUUCUACUAUAGACAGGGAAUCUUUUGAAGCAAUUUCCAGUUGGAGAGAGAAAGUAGUAACUGAAGUUGGAGAUAUCCCAACAGUACUUGUACAGAACAAGAUUGACCUCUUGGAUGAUUCUUGUAUAAAGAAUGAAGAAGCUGAGGCAUUGGCAAAAAGGUUAAAGUUGAGAUUCUACAGAGCUUCAGUGAAAGAGGACCUAAAUGUAACUGAAGUUUUUAAAUAUUUAGCAGAAAAAUAUCUUCAGAAACUCAAACAACAAAUAGCCGAAGACCCAGAAUUAAUGCAUACAAGUAGUAACAAGAUUGGUGUCUUUAACACAGCUGGUGGAAGUCACUCUGGCCAGAACUCUAGCACGCUUAAUGGUGGAGAUGUCAUCAAUCUUAGACCUAACAAACAGAGAACCAAGAAAAACAGAAGCCCCUUUAGCGGCUGCAGUAUACCCUAAAGCCAUUUUGAGGGGUAGAGGGAGAGGCACUAAUUGAUAGAAAUUGAGUAAAGCUGUACAAUUAGCAGCCUCUGCACCAACUGGAUCUCUGAUAGAUGGUGGACUUAAAUAUCGCUGUGGCAUUGUUCUUUAGAGUGUACAGGGAGACCUCUGGUGGCAUAAUUAGAAUCACUGCUACUCCUGUGCAAUCAUUUUAAUUUUUUUAUAUACACACACAUAUAUAAUUAAACGAAGCUUUUCCUGUUUUGAAGGAACAUUUUAAAGACAUGAAAAACAGGUUUUGCUGAAUCUUCAAAGAUACAAAAAACACAAACCUAAUGCAUAAACUUUGGUACAGAUCUUCAUAUUAAGUAUGGACUGAGUGAGGCAGCAUAUUCUUUUAAUGUAAUUGAUCAUUCAGCCGUUAGGGAAAAGUCAUAUUGGAUCUUGAACACCUAUGAUAAAAAUAAUAUUGGGGAGCAAAUUUUCAAUCUUGCCCAUACAGAAUUAGUGUAUUGGCAACUUUACUUGUGCAAUAUCUGUAUAAUAUGUGAAUGCUAUCAGAGGUAUGCAUGUAGAUAUGUGGUACUAGAGUUAAGCUGAAUGUAAGUCCAGUAUUUAACUAAGGACACUAAGUUUCUGACCAACAUACAUAAAAUACUACUACUACAAACAUACACACUUUAAACUCUUCAUUUCAAGUGAGAAAUUCCAAGCCUGUACUUUGCAAGGUGAAAUCUAUUCUUCCUAUACUUAGGUUUAAAAAGUUCAUUGUGCCAAAAAAAUUGGGGUGUGUUUAUACAUGCACACAUGUAUGCAACACACGCACAUAUGCACACACAUACACAUAUAUAUUUUCUUGAGUGGAAAGCUUCAACUAUCUUAUUUUUUACUGAUUCAUAAUGUCUUUUAAAAACAGUUCCAGUCUAACAAAUUGAUUUUUUUUAAAGAGCACAUAACUUCAACAAUACUGAAUUUAUUUCAGGCUAAUAUUGGCUUUAAAAAAAAAUAUAUGAAAUACAUUUUUUCACCUUGUCAUCUGUAAGAGUGAUGUCUUUGUACAUCACAGGUUGGCAGAGAAUCUAUUAAGAUUCAUACAAGUCUGCAGAUAUCCAUGAUUCUAUGAAGUGAUAUGCUACGUCUAGCAUAUUUAACUGCUGACUGAGAACCAAAAUGAAAACUUUGAAUUUGUGAACUUAAGUAAUUCCUCAGCUAUAAAAAAUGUAAUUCCACAAAUUAGGUCUUUUACAGGUUUUUUUUAAUGACAAACAUCUCCAAAGCAUCUCUUUAUACAGUUUGUAAGAUAUUUUAAGCUUAUCCCUUAAGAAUUUUCAUUAUAAAAUCUCAAAUUUAUAUAGCACCUUUCUUCUGAAGAGUUCCACUGGCAGAAAUGCAAACAUAAUUUCCUUUAAGAAAUAUUUUAAUAUUGUGUAAACAGUUAAGUGCCAGAGUAUACAAAUCUUGACUAGAGACUAUUUACUUACUGUAUACGUUCUAUUAAUAUUUGUCAUUAUAACUGAAUGAUAAAUAUUAACAGGCUUGUUUACUUUCUCUACCAUUUUAACAUAGCCAAAAGCAAUAGGAUUCUAUAGUGGUAUUGGGAACGGUUUCUUGAAAAAUUUAAAUGUCAUGAAAUCAUUUUGCAUUUUCUUGUACUUAGUAUUUUUUUUUAAAGAACUUACUACCCCAGAUUUUCAUAUGACAUGUUUCAUGUUUUGAAGCAACAUGGUAUGUUGAAUAGCAGACUAACGUUGAGUCUGGAAGGUUCAGGUCCUCUCUGCCACAAUGCGACCCUCAGCAAAUCAUUUAAACUCCCAGAUAGUUCUCUAAGACCAUAAGUUCAAGAACAAUGACAGAUUUGUUUUGAUAGAGGGUCUUUGUUGGCUGGCAGUUCCCUAAACUGGUGGUGUCAAACUCUACCUGCUCCAUUCAAGGGUGGGGCUUGCUCAUACCAGAUUAAAAUGUAGUUGGGAUAUUUAGCAAAAUAAGUAAAAACACAAUGUUAAUUUGUGGUUUUCUAAGUCAGUGUGCAGCCAGCAGGGACCCUUUUCUAUUAAGAGUUUGAUAUGUCUGUCCUAAACCAAUGAAAUCCUAGCCAAAUGGUUAUUUGCUUUACAAACACUAAAAUAAUCUGGAAUUAUAUCUAUUAUUGUAGUAAUAUAAAAUACUCAUGACUGUAGUUGUCAAUAAUAGAUAGCCCAUUGCUGGCAGAGGGACAUGGGUUGAAGGAAACCUCAGUCCCCAACAUUAAACAUUUCUUAUUUGCUACAGUGUUUUGUCUUUGCUUAUAUUAUUUCUUAGAUUAGUCUUUUAAAAUUUUUUGCGGGAAAUAAUCCCAUUUUAAUUCAUCAUAUAUAUAUAUAUAUAUACACACACAUAUGUGUGAAAACAUUGAAUUUCUGUCUCAGAUACAAUUGGAUAUAUAUUUUAUUUUUUACUGUUAUAUUAAAAAAAUGCACAUAUGAUGAGGAUCCAUUCCAGUUUGUCCUUAGACUUUUUGUAAUAGGAUUUUAUGUAUUUUCUUUUUUCCUUUUUACAAAAACAGAACCUUCAUUACACAUUUAAGAGUUGUAAUUUGUACAACUGUACUUUUGUCUUCAUUACUUCAAAAUGUAAUUUGGCUUCAAUUUUGUAGAGGAUAAAAACUGCUUCAAUCAGAUUAUGAAGAUAUUUUCCAGUUUGAGCUUAAAAAUCUUUGACAUGUAUUGUUUUCUUUGAAUAAGUUAAUUCUUUUAAAACUUCGAAUUAAAGCACAGAUAAUAGAUAAAACAGCCCUUUCAGGCUCCAGGUUAUUGUACAUUUGUGCUGCUAAUCUAAUUUUCAAAUUAAAAUGAAUAAUUCUUAGUGUGCUGACAUACAGCUGUGGAAAAUUUGCCAUAUUUGAGGGUUCCUCAGGUACUCAUUUUCCUUGUCACAAAUAGUCUGUCUACUGGUUAAAUAGCAUAUAGAAUGGCCUGUGUGGGGCAAUAUAAUUUCAAGUGAAGCCUCAUUCAAAUGGACUAUUUUUUAUCUGCUCCCAAGUUUAAUGUACGUUUGUAUUUUGGCAAACCUAAAAUACAAAGUAACAAAAAGAAGGUGAGUGAUAUUCCAUGUUUAUGGGAUGAAAAAAUUUGGUUGUCUUUCAAAAGCUAGGCAAUUUAGUGUUCAAAACGAAAUUUCUCAUUAAUAUACUAUGUUGUGCCUAUGAAUUUUAGGAAUCAUGAUCUUUUUAAGAUCUCAAAAUAGUAAAUUGGCCUUAGGAGUUAAUUCUCCCACUUAAAAGUGUUGUACUACUUAAAAUUAACAUUUCAUUGUAUAACAAUAAUACCAUUGAUUGUUGGUCUCAGUUGAUUCUGAACCUCUUAAAUAGUUAUUGUUUACUUGCUGAAAAUGCUGCCAUUGAUAAUGACAUUAGGAUAUCCAUUUUCUCUGAAAAUAAAGUGGACUUAUGGGUAAAAAUAUUCAAAAUCAUUAUGACGCACUGCAUAAUGGUCUAAUGAAUACAUAGAUCAGAUUCCAUUAAAUUGUUGAACUAAAUACCAUUUGCACUGGAGAAUAUGAUGUUGGCAUUUGAAUUUUUAUUUUCAAAACUCUUAAGCCUGUUAUAUAUUUGAAUAAUCCAUCAGUAAUAUUUUUUUAGUCAUUAAACUCCAGUCAACAUUACUGAGAAAUUUGGCUAUCCCUUUUCAUCUUGAGAGAAGGGUAGUGGGAUAUUGAUUAGUGGUCAUUUAAAAUUAAGUACUAUCAGUACUAAAAGGAAAAUUGAGCCCCUUUAAUUUGAUGUUUGAACAUGAUAUUGUGUAUUUGAAUGCAAAUACUAUUGUAUGUAACUGCUGGAUUACUAUUAUAACCUCAAAAUUAAUUUGAAGUGUAUUACGUGAGAUAAUUUCAUAACAGAUCCCAAAGUAAAAAUAAAUCAGUUUUAAAAUUUAA